AUGCCUACCCGUUUUUCGAACACGCGGAAGCACCGCGGCCACGUGUCCGCCGGUUACGGUCGUGUCGGCAAGCACCGCAAGAGCCCUGGUGGUCGUGGUAUGGCCGGUGGUCAACACCACCACCGUACCAACAUCGACAAGUACCACCCUGGUUACUUCGGUAAGGUCGGUAUGCGCUACUUCCACAAGACCAAGCAGCAGUUCUGGAAGCCCACCAUCAACCUGGACAAGCUCUGGUCUCUCGUCCCCGCCGAGAAGCGUGAUGCCUACCUGAACGGCUCCAAGACCGACACCGCCCCCGUCAUCGACCUCCUGCCCCUCGGUUACUCCAAGGUCCUCGGCAAGGGCCGUCUCCCCAGAUCCCCGUCGUCGUCCGCGCCCGCUACUUCAGCCGUGACGCCGAGCAGAAGAUCAAGGAGGCUGGUGGUGUUGUUGAGCUGGUCGCAUAAGCGUUGA